AUGGACCACCAUCACCACCAGCAUCACCAGCAGCUCUCCCAGCAGUCGCAUGACCAUGAGCAGCAGCAGCAACAGCAUCUCCAGGCGCCGAGCCACCAAACGCCGACGACGCCUCAGCACCUCCAGCAGCAGCAGCAGCAGCCCCAGGAUGUGUUGGCCGAGGCCAGAAAGAAUCUGCAGGUCCUGAUUGAUUCUGGCCUUUCGAGGGAUCUCCUCCAUCAACUGGUUGAUGGCGGUGGAUCGCUCCAGCUGACCAUCCCGAGCACUCCGUCUCUCGUUCAGCCAUCGCAACCACAGCAACCUCAGCAGCAGUCGCCGCUUUCACCUCAGUCGCCUCACUCACAAUCACAGACGCCCAACCUCACGAUCCCGCCAAUUCCGCAAUGCCCUCCUCCUCCACCUCCAACGCAGCAGCAUCACCCUCAAGGCCACACGACACCGCCGACGGACGUGAAGAUGCAGCCCCCGCCGCCACCCCUCCCGGAGGACAUGUCUUCGCUCUUUGCUUAUCCUGCUGCCGUUCCGUUUGCUCAUCGCCCUCGGAUUUCCGUCUCGUCCACCAGCUCGGGAUCAUCUGGAACCGGCUCCAUCUGGUCUAACCACUCGGCACAGUCUUCCAUGUCAUGGGCCUCAGCGGGCUCUUCCCGCAUGCAGGCGCCUCUUCCAUUGCCGCCUCAGAUGACUUCGCCAACCGGCGGACAUAUGAUGGCCGGGCCGAAUUCGGUUCCUCCCGUGUCAGCCGGGGGAUCACCAGCUAACAAGCAGAACAUUUACUGGUGCACAUCGUGCGAAACGAGCUUCAAACGCAAGUACGAUUGGAAGCGCCACGAGGACGAAUUUCACGAGCGUUGGAGGAAGUACCCCUGCCCCGAGCCUGGCUGCAACCGCAGCUUCUGGGGAUCCAAUUCGUUCAACCAGCACCACAAGCAGUGCCACGGAUGCACCACCUGCCCUCACGCCGAGAAGGUUGUUCGAUUCCUCCGCAAGCGCAAGUACUGGGCCUGUGGCUUUUGCUCUGCCCUUCACCCUGCUCGGGAGCGACACGUUGAGCAUGUGGCUAGGCAUUUUGAGUCUGGUAUGACAAAGGGAGAGUGGAUGCACUCGCGUGUGGUCUACGGUCUGCUUCACCAGCCCCUUAUUCAUGAGGCUUGGGAUGCGCUUGUCAACAGCAAGCAGUCUGAUUACGGUGGCCGCCGGCCGAGAUUCAGUUGGCACCCCAGCAAGACUGGCCGUGCUCAGGGCUUCUUAGAAAAGGAGAACCCAGGCCAGCUACAGGAUCUUUUGGAGUUCUUUUCCGGCGACGAGGCUGACGCCCAGUGGAUUGUCAGCGUGGCCUACGACUUGGCGGAUAUUGUGAUGGACAACGUUCAGCUUGGCCCUCCUCAAUUUCAGCAACAGCCUCAGGCUCACCCUUACUCUCAGGACCCACGAAUCUCUUUCGCACCACUCCCACCCCAGGCGAUGAUGCAGUCAGCAGAUCCAAGCACCUCACAAGCUGGCGGGGCCCAAAACCCCUACGCUCACGCCUUCCAGGGCAACAUGUUCAUGAACCCCCAGUCAUUUGGACAGCCUACCAGGUCCUCGCCUCCUGAUUCGACAUCUCACUCGCCUCUUCCCUCGACCCACUCACCAAUUGCGCCGACUCAAUCACCAGCCAUCAAGCAGGAGACGCGCCAAGGCGAGGGAGAUGGCGGGAUGGAUUUCGAGUACGCCCCCACGCCCGUUGUCUUCGAGGACUGGGAGAGCGGGUCCGGCCUGGUGAUGGACGAUUCAUCAAAUGCUACGCCUACUCCAGGCUCACAGGGUGGAGGCUGGCCAAUGAUGCAAUAUUUUGGUGAUCCCCGUGUCGCCUCAUAA